AUGGAGCCAGAUAAUCUUAAGUACCAUGGGAGAUGCAAGGAGUUUGGGAAGGGUUGCACAUGGAUGAUUCGCAUCAGCCUUCGAGCACAGAAGGGAACCUGGGAGGUUCGGCGGUACAACGGACCACACACAUGCUUGGCUAUAUCGAUAUCCAGCGACCACCGACAACUAGAUUAUCACGUGAUCUGUGCGAAGAUCUUUUCUCUGGUUCGAGCCAAUGCGGCGGUAUCGAUAAAGGUGUUGCAAGAAGCUACCGAAGGAACGUACGGGUUCAAGCCAAGUUACAGGAAGACGUGGUUGGCAAAACAGAAGGCGGUAGCACAGAUAUACGGGGACUGGGAAGAGUUCUACGCCGAGCUACCUCGUUGGAUCCUUGGCGUGCAGUCCACCAUGGAGGAGACGGUUACGUUGUUGAAGACAUCUCCGGUUCGCGUCGGUGAUGACGUGGAUGACUCAACCGUGUACUUUCAUCGUCUUUUCUGGACGUUUCCUCCUUGUGUUGAAGCUUUCCAACAUUGCAAGCCAUUGGUAAGCAUAGACGGUACUCAUCUGUAUGGCAAGUAUGGAGGGACUUUGCUCCUGGCCAUCGCUCAAGAUGGGAACUCCAACAUCUUGCCUAUUACUUUCAGUCUCGUGGAGGGGGAAAAUGCCGAGUCUUGGUCUUUCUUCCUGACCAACCUGCGGCAACAUGUGACUCCACAACAGGGGAUACUGGUAAUUUCAGAUAGGCACAAUGGCAUCAAGGCUGCACUAGAGAACCCGAACAGUGGGUGGUUACCCCCGCAUGCGUACCGAGCAUUUUGUAUUCGGCAUGUUGCAGCUAAAUUCGCACUUAGUUUCAAGGGCACGGAUGCAAAGCGUUUGCUUGUGAACGCUGCUUAUGCGAAGACUGAGGCAGAGUUUCACUAUUGGUUUGAUAUAAUGUGGACUGAGAAUCCGGCAAUGUGUGAUUGGGCGAAUAGAAUAGAAUACGAUAAGUGGACUUAG